AUGUGUUUUAUAAAUAAUAAAGAUGUGUUUUCAGUCAAACGGAGAAAAAGUGAGAGAAUAAAAGGAAAAUGGCUUUCAAGGGUACCCGGAAACCCACCGGACAAGCCGAUAAUACUGGAUGAAUCAGACACAGAAGAAGGAUCACCUUUACAGGUUGAGCGUGUUAAAAAACAUAAAGAAACAAUAGACAACAAAGUAUCGUCCACACAACAACCGCCUGCCGGUACCCUUCUGUCUGACAUUGCACAUCUCUUUCCGAACCCGACACAAUCAAAAAAGGGAAACAAUACCGGUAAGAAGAGGAAGCACAAAAAGGCUGGAAUCAUACCGGAUGAAAAGAAAGCUGCGAAUGUACAAACAGUUAAGCCGAUUAAAGAAGCAGCACACGGUACGACAAUAGACGAUUCUGAUGAUGAUUUUGACAACCCACCUUGGAAAAAAACAAGGUCAGGUGCGGGUCCACAAGUUGUUGAGAAAACACAACAACCCGCAGAUGCUACAUCAAUCAAAGACUCUAAAACACGCAAGAAGCGACAACCGGUAAAGAAUUACAUACCACUUGCUGAUGGGAAACUAACUUUGCGAUUGGCUCUUAAGCACAUGGGGGAGUUAGUGGAAUCUUUGAACGAAAAUCAACGGGGGGCUGUCCAAAACAUAGUAAAUAAUUACGACACUAAAACACGGGUCUUGAAUUGCGGUAGCCACCACAUUCAAAUAACAGAGGAAUUGGUGCACGAUGUGUUCGGAGUACCGAGAGGGAAUGAAGAAAUAAAGGAAGUAGGGAGAGCAAGGGCUGAUUUCCACGAGGUUGUGGCAGAAUGGAAAGGACAAUUCGAAAGUGAUCCUGCACGCUUGACGCCUGUUCAAUUCAAAACAUACAUGAAGGGGCAACAAGCUAGCGGACGGAUCUUUGUGUUGAACUUUUUGUUGUUCUACAACACACUUCUGGGAGAGACAACUACGAAUUCAUCAAUUAAUAUGAAGUUUUUACCAGCCUUGCGUCAAGGGAAGGAUAUCAAAAGUUUUAACUGGUGUGAGUACAUGAUCAGAUGUCUGGAUCGAACGGUGGAAGCAUGGACACCAAAGGAGCCCUUCCUUGGACCAAUGCCAUUGCUAGUGGCUGCGUUGAUACGUGACCAGAAGAUAUACAAAGAAGGUGAACAAAGAGCAACGCAUCUCAUCGAAGAUAUCAAUGAUGACGAUAUCGAGGCAGUAAGCAUAAAGUUGGACUCGGUCAGAUUAGAUCAAAUCUUAGUGGAAGAGUAUGAGUUGCAACCGGAACAAAGGUAUCCAUUUGCAAAAAAGAGUGAUGAUGACAUCGAAGCAGAAGUAGUGAAAACAAAGCAAAAAGAUGAACCCAAGGCUGAAAAACACAUUACCAAAUGUGUUCCGGAAAAAAGGAAAAAAUCUGUUGUGAAGCCGGCCGGUAAAACACAUGGUAAACCUCCGGUCUCACCGGUACCGAAAAAAAAAAACAGACUGAAAAGCAACUGCCGAAAGCCGGAGAAGCUGGGAAGAAGAAAAUUUGUAAUGAAAGUGGCCCGGAAAAUGCGCGUGUUGUAGAUGAAAUCCCGGUUAAUGCGGGUUUCCAUACCGAUUUCGCAGAUUGCAUGAAUGAAGAAGCUGGCCAGGAACGAGUGCCUUUUAUAGAUACAUCUGAUAUAGAAAGAUACUACCGAGAAACCGGCGAGUGGGGACAAACACAACAAAGUCAGCCGGGAAUUAGCUCAUCUAUGGCAUCUCAAUAUGGAUCGACACCAGCGACACAAAGCGAC